CAACACUACUAUAUAACAAAUAAUUUGAGAUAAUGUCAGCAGCAGUGAUAACCCCAGCAACAGAGGAACCUGUCAGAAAUGAAUUAGCUGAGUUACAUUUAGAUAACGGGGAUGCAGAUAAAGCACCAGAGCUAGAAGCUCCUGUAGCAAAGAAGAACAAAAAGAAGAAGAAGAAGAAGAAGCCAGCUGGUGAAACUCAAGAGGAAGGAAUCUCAGAAGCAGCAAACGGGGAACAGAAACCAGAGAACGGCGAUGCUGAAAAUGGAGCUGCAGAAGAAGGAGCUGAGGGUGGCGCUAACACUGAGGCUCCUGCCAAGAAGAAGAAGAAGAGGAAGAAGAAGAACAACGCUAAACCGGUGCAGACUGAUCCUCCAACUAUUGCUAUCGGGGAUUUGUUCCCUGACGGAAACUUUCCGGAGGGGGAGAUAUGUCAGUACAGAGACGACAAUCUGUGGAGGUUCUCUUCGCAGGAGAUGAAGAUGAAGGACUACGCUUUUGAAGAAGCUCUGAGAGACGCCAGGCAGGCUGCUGAAGCCCACAGAACGGUUCGCCAGUACGUACAGUCGUGGAUCAAGCCCGGACUCACCAUGACAGAGAUAUGUGAGAAGCUGGAGGAUUGCUCCAGAACUACGAUUAAAGAGAACGGUUUGCAGGCUGGCCUUGCUUUCCCCACUGGCUGCUCUAUAAAUCACUGCGCGGCUCACUACACUCCAAACCCUGGUGACAAGACCGUCCUCCAAUACGAUGACGUCUGCAAGAUAGACUUCGGGACUCAUAUUAAUGGGAGGAUUAUUGACUGCGCUUGGACUGUUCACUUUAAUCCAAGAUACGAUCCGCUGGUUAACGCUGCUAAAGCUGCUACCAAUAUGGGUAUUAAGUGUGCCGGUAUUGAUGCACGACUGAAUGAGAUAGGUGAAGCUAUUCAAGAAGUCAUGGAGUCCUACGAGGUGGAGCUGGACGGUAAGAACUACCAAGUGAAGUGUAUCCGUAACCUGAACGGUCACAGUAUUGAACCCUACAAGAUACACGCUGGUAAAACCGUUCCCAUUAUAAAGGGAGGCGAGGCAAUAAAGAUGGAAGAAGGUGAGUUCUACGCAAUAGAAACGUUUGGCAGCACAGGGAAAGGGCUGGUACAUGAUGAUGUGGACUGCAGCCAUUACAUGAAGAACUUUGAUAUUGGACACGUGCCAAUCAGAAUUAACAGGGCUAAAGGGCUACUGAAUACGAUAAACAGACAGUUCGGAACACUAGCGUUCUGUAAACGUUGGGUGGAGAGAGCGGGUGAAACAAAGUACCUGCUCGCACUCAAACACCUCUGUGAUCUUGGUAUAGUAAACGACUACCCACCACUAGUGGACCAGAAGGGCUGCUACACAGCUCAGAUGGAGCACACUAUUGUCCUCAGACCAACCUGCAAAGAGGUAAUCUCCCGUGGAGAGGACUACUAGCUCCUUCAUAAUAUUAACUGUUUACUGGAGAGGACUACUAGCGGAGUUACCGACGAGAGUAACUGGUAACUGGAGUCUCUUAAAUGAUACAUCAGCCCGACUUUGUGCUCUGUUUUUUGUUUAGUUUUCCUCAAUUUUAAUAUUUGAAAUCAUGGUUUUAGAUAGAAGUGAUUGUCGUAAAAUUAAGAUACAUUCAGUGACCCUGAUUAAGAGGCCGCGCUUUUUGAAAUUUCGUUUUAUAAGUUCCUUCAAAAGCUGGAUUCACCUUAAAAUUCAGGCUAAAUGAUUAAUAUCUACACUUUGAUGACUGUAGUUGCAAGGAGAUAAUAUGCACAUAAUUCACGAUACAUUUUGGAGUAACAUCAGAAAGUUAGGAAUGUCAGUUUUAGAGGUAGUACACAGAAUUACUGUUACUAGAGGAUUGUCGUUUGAUACGUCAUUACAAUUGCUCCUUCAUAAUAUUAACGUUUGAUACGUCAUUAUAAUAGCAUAUGUGUGGUCCUCUACAGUGGUGGAAUUUCUUUUAAAUUGUUAAACAUGAUUGCUUUUUAAUUAACAUUUUCAUACUUAUUUAUUAACCUGAUAACUUGAA